AUGAAGAGGACAAAACAAAAUAGGCUUUCUAAUCACCGUGAAAAAAAAGUCGCUAAGAGCGCACAAAACCACGAGAAUAACCAGACAGCCGAGUCCGGCACUGAAGAGAGCGUCCAGCUGCCACGAAAGAAAGUAAGAUGGGAGAGCAAUUCCGAAUCAGUGGCAGCAGUAGUAGAUACAGAGAAUGGUAGCUCAGAGGACGAUGCGAGCACAUCAAAGGUGAAAGGACGCGUUGCAGGCGCAUACUAUGAUUCUGUUAGGUGUAUAGUCUACGUGCUUGAAGAUACGCAAGAGGAUGUUCAUUUCGAUCUUACGAACAUGCUUCUCGAACAGUGCAACGCUGACGUAGUGUUGACUAGCUCCAAAGCCGAUGACCCAUUUAUAUCGGUCCUUCAGAAAUUUUCUGAGGCUUCUGGAGGGGUCUUUCAAAUCAGACCACAUAAAGAGUUCAGUCCUCACAGAGGGAGAGACCGCUUGCUGUCGCUCCGUUUUCUCUCCGAGUUGACAACCGAAGAUACUGGUCAAUGUUUGUCGUCCGACAGCAACGCAGGCGCUGAGCCAAGAAAUGCAUAUGAAUUUAUGCAGAAACGCAAACAGGCAGCAGGCGACCCAACUAUGAAAAGAUGGAAUGCGGCGAUUAGGUUGGCCAACUAUGCAUCGGUGGAAUCUUCUCUUUGUAUCUCGUGCCUCGGCGCUCUGCUCGACUACCUUGCGAGGGAGCGAGCGGCGGGCGACCUGGAUGAUGAUGCAGGAGUCGAGGGGCUCAACAUCUCCGGCAUCGAAGUGUUGACCAUAGAUCAGGUCAUGCAUAUCAAUGCUGACGCACUUUUUUCCCUUCAGAUAUUCGAAAACGAGAGUCACGCGUCCAUCCACUCUGAUAAGACAAAAGAGGGGUUGUCGCUUUUUGGUAUCCUUGACAAUACUCGGACACCCUUGGGUCGUUCAUUGCUCCGCACCUGGCUCAUGCGCCCGUCCCUGUCUAUUCCUGUUAUCGCAGCCCGCCAUGACGCUAUUGAAUGCUUUCUACAUCCGGAGAACUUAGCACCUGCGAGUACUUUGCAAAUUCACUUGAAGGGUGUCAAGAAUAUUCCGAGGAUCCUCGGGCUUCUGCAAUCUGGGAAAGCCAGCGUCAGUGACUGGCAAGGCCUAGUGAAGUUCACAUAUCACACUGCAAUGAUGCGCGACGCCCUGGCGGAACUUCACGGAGGUGAUCAAGUACAGGUUGUACGAAAGUUGGUUGCAUCGUUGGACAUCGCGAGCUUCAAGGAUACCGGAAAUGCUGUCAAUGAGACAAUUGACUGGGAAGAAUCUACCAACAAUAAUCGCAUAUGUGUUAGGCCGUACAUUGACGAGGAACUAGAUCAGAGGAAACACGUUUACGCUGGAUUGGACCCUGUCUUGUGUAAGGUCGCUGAGCAAAUAUGCCAAAAGAUUCCUGUGGAUUAUACGGCGUCUCUGAACGUGGUAUACUUCCCACAGCUAGGCUUUUUGAUCUGCGUUCCGAUGCAGGAGGAAUGGAGGUCUGAGGAGGGCAUCAAGGUUCUAGACGGAUGGAGCUUCCAGGUGAUCUUGUCAAUGAUUGACUUUGUGACUGAACGACGUCUUUUCAGUGCCCAUGUGUAUUUCAAAUCGGAAGAGAUGCAUGAUAUGGACACCCACAUCGGCGAUCUCCAUCCAUCAAUAGUCGACCGUGAAAUAGAGAUCGUCCAAGAGCUCUUGGAACGGAUCCUUGUAUGCAGUGAAGGGAUGAGACACACAUGUGACGUUUGUGCCGAACUGGACUGCCUGCUCGCCUUCGCCGAGGCUUCUCGGGCGUACAAUUACUGUCGGCCUCAGAUGUCAGAGGAUCCUAUCAUCGACAUUGAUCAAGGACGACAUCCCUUACAAGAGCAGGUAGUCGACAUUUUUGUUCCCAAUAAUGCUCAGCUUUUAGCUGGUAUCGGUUUCGGUGACAGCGCUGAACCACAGACAGAAGCUGACAGCCUGUCAGUGUGUAGCAGCAUUGUUUUGUGCACUGGCGCGAAUGCGUGCGGAAAAAGCGUCUACCUGAAACAGGUUGCUCUGAUUCAAUACAUGGCCCAGGUUGGUAACCGCUCUGAUUUUGUUCCAGCGGUAUCUGCCACUCUGGGAAUUGUCGACAAAAUCUUUACUCGUAUACAGACUCGCGAAUCAGUAUCCAAAGCCCAAUCCGCUUUUAUGAUUGAUCUCAACCAGGUCUCCCUAGCCCUCCGAAAUUGUACUGCAAAAUCUCUCAUUCUCCUUGACGAAUUUGGGAAGGGGACGAUCCCUGCAGGCUCCACAACUGUCGAUUCUUACUUAUCCAUAGAUGGGACUGGGUUGUUUUGCGGUGUCAUCAAGCAUCUUCUCAACCGAGGGUCUCAGUGUCCUAAGGUUUUAGCUGCCACACAUUUCCAUGAAGUCUUCCAGAAGGACAUGCUCGAUCCCCACAAGUUCCCAAUCACAUUCCUUCACAUGGAAGUGCUCUUCACUUCAAGCAAAGGCAAUCUCGAUCCCGGUGACGUGUCGAUGUCUGGAGACUCAAAAUCAACUAAUGACGAACGACUGGAGCCUACACAUGUUGUCGCCCCUGGAGAAAAGAUAACUUAUCUUUAUCGUGUCUCCCCGGGUCUCUCCCGCAAUUCUCAUGCAGCUCAAUGUGCUAUGAUGUUUGGUUUGCCGUCCCGUAUUGCGCAGCGUGCGCAGUACGUCAGCAAAUUGUUGGGUGACCAUGAACUUGGGCAGCUUUUGGAGGAGAAAAUGACCGCGGAGGAGCAAGAAAAUAUCAAGGCCGCUGGGAUCGCCACCUACAAAUUUCUGGCCAUGGAUCUCACGAACGAUUCUCCUGAAAAAGACAUCAAAUCAAGGCUUGUAGAGGCGCUUGGCCGGGCUCCUCAUGAAUGA